AUCCAAUAUCGCUGUCUUUGCUAUUGUACUCUCUUUCUCUCUCCCUCCCUCCCUCUCCCUUGUGGUCCUUCCCCCGCUCUUUAAAUCUCUUAUCACUUUCUUCAUUUCUGCAUACCUAAGCUUACAUCUAACACUAGCUCCUCCUCUCUCUCCUUCUUCUCCUUCUCUUAUUAAUUUUCUCUCCCCUUCCCCUGCUCCUUCUUAGUUCCUUCUUUGCUUGUCUGCUUUUGAACUGAAGUGGGAAGCGACUAGCUGACCAGGCUCUCGCUAUCGUCUUACAAGUUAAAUUCAGCACAACUACCCCAGAAAAGCUCUAGGCUGAGACAUGUCUAGCAGAAGGUCCAGGCAGCAAUCGGGUUCUACAAGAAUCUCUGAUGACCAAAUCAUCGAGCUCGUUUCCAAGUUGCGUCAACUUGUUCCAGAGAUUCGCGAUAGACGCUCCGGCAAGGUAUCAGCGUCCAAGGUCCUACAGGAGACCUGCAACUACAUCAGGAACUUGCACAGAGAAGUGGACGACUUGAGCGAGCGACUCUCUCAGUUGCUGUCCACCAUUGAUGCUGAUAGUGCCGAGGCAUCCAUCAUCAGGAGCCUAAUUAACCAAUAAGCAAUCAUGUAAUUGAGUGUGCCUUUUAAUUUCUUCUUCCGCAAGAUUAUAUUAUAAGAGUGUACUUUUUCAUUUAAUUAAUUAGGGCGGGUUAGCUUCCCAGCAGGCAAGAGUGCAGUUUGAGGUGUACGCUUUGUACGGUACCCCCUUAUGAUAGGUAAGGCACUUGCGAGAAAGGCUUUGCAAUAAAAUUAACGAGUUGUACUUCUAGAUCUCUUUAUAUAUUCUAUGGGAGCCCAAAAUGCAGUGGUUGUUAAAUUAA